ACAGUAGGGCAGCGGAGCGGCGCGAGCUCAGCACUCACGGGAGUGAAAGCUACGUGGACGGGUCCGCGCGCGCUGCACGCAGGUCCCGGGUUUAAACGGGGGUCCGGUGCAGUUCGGAUUAUUGAUUAUUGAUUACUGAUCACUGAUUUAUACUGUGUUGGAUUAAAGCUGUGAGAGAAGAGAGGAGAAGCACGGAACCGGACGGGCUCAUCUCCAACAACCAAACCGCACGAGCUCCCGUUUUAGGAGCAGAAGUGUUGGGACAGAGCAGUGGAGGGUUUCUGAGAAACUCAGAGAAAGAAGAGACAGAGAGAACAGGAGGCCUGUCGUCCAAUCAGGCUCUGAGGGCUGAGUGUCGGCAGCAACAUGAAGCCACGCCACGCUUUGCUGCCAUCACUGCUGCUCCUCUACACCCUCCUGCCACAUUGGGCAUGGGCUGGCAACUGCCCGAGAGACUGUUCCUGUUCAACCCCAGAUAGCAUCCUCUGCUUCCAGCGGCGGUCGACGAGCAUGCCUUCUGAAGUGCCAACAUCAAUCAAAAACCUGUACGUCUUCCAGAAUGGCAUCGAGGCCCUGCACCAGGAAGACUUUGUUGGGCUGGAAAACCUGGAGAUGCUGGACUUGAGUCAGAACAAGCUGACCGAGUUGCCAGAUCAGGUGUUUGAGCCUCUUUCGUCCCUACGCAACCUGGAUCUGUCGUCCAAUCAAAUCACUCACAUCUCUGAGGGAAGCUUUGCAGGACUGGAGUUGCUGGAGAGGCUGUAUCUCUACAGCAACAAAAUAUCGAGCAUCGACUCUGCAGCAUUCGACGGUCUGGAGCAGCUGCUGGAGCUGAAGCUCCAGGGGAACCUACUGACUGCAGUGCCCGCUCUCAAAAUGCCACAUUUGCUUCUGUUAGAUCUGCGAUUCAAUCAGAUCCCUUCAUCUGGGCUCAAUGAGCUUCAGACACCCAAACUGGAGUCGUUGAAACUGGCUGGGCUGGGCCUACGCAGUCUCAACGAGGAACUCUUGGGCAGCUUGAAGAACCUACAUGAGCUAGACAUUUCCAACAACCAGUUGAGCAUGUUUCCUCCAGUUCUGCGGGAACUGAAAGGGCUAGUCAUACUUAGCUUGGCUGGGAAUCCCAUGGGUCCUCUGAAGUGGGAAGUCUUUGAAAGUCUAGGAGAGCUUCAGGAGUUGGACAUUAGCAACCUCAGCCUGCAGACCCUACCUGAAAGCAUAAGCCAGCUAUUCCCACUUCUGAAGAGACUUACCGUCGCAGAGAACCCGUUUAACUGCCUCUGCACGAUGGCAUGGUUCCCCAGGUGGCUGCGAAACCGAGGCAUAGUUUUGGGAAGAACGGAAGAAACCCGGUGCCAUUUCCCACCACGAAUUGCAGGGAAAGUGCUGGAAAAGGUGGACAAUUAUGAUUUUGGAUGUCCUACCACCACCACCAUCACCACCAGCACUGUUAAGACCACCCCUCAGACCCCCUCUUUGGUCACCACCCUGCAGAGUACAACUCGUAUCCUUCCGCCUCUCAAACCGAGCAACGAUCCAUCGACGGAAACCGAGCGAUACCUUCCACCUCCAGCCCCAGCAUCCCCCAGCAGUAGCAGCAGUCCAGACUCCAACCAUAGAGUGACCUUUUGCCCAUCCAAUUUUUGUCUGAAUGGAGGCACCUGUUGGCUGGACCAUCGUGGACACCUCGAGUGCACAUGUCCUCGUGGAACGUCAGGAAAGUACUGCCAGAACGAGGAGAAUCCAUCGCAAUUUGAGGACGUCUCCACAGCGACUAACGUUGAUGUGGUACCGGAAAUCACUGCACAGACAGUGACGAGUUCAUCGAUAUUACUGGACCUUCAUCGCUACAUCGAGGCUCGGCCGUACAUCCGCGGCGUUCGCUUGACUUACCGGAACCUCUCAGGACUUGAUAAACGUCCAAAACAGCUAAAUAUUCCAGCUUCUUACCCUGAGUACACUCUGAGAGGACUCCAUCCUAACUCCACAUACUCUGUCUGUGCCAGUCCGCUGGGCGAACCCACUGGACCGGACAGCGUAUGUACCGAAGCCCAGACUUCCACCCACCACAACCCCAGCGCACGAGUGGACAACCCGAAGCUGACAACGAUGCUGGUGCCAGCUUUGGCUAUUCUUCUUCUGCUGGUUCUGGUUGCCAUUGCCGUUGGCGUCGCUUGCUACAUGCGCAAGAAGCGUGCACAUCGAAACUUGGACUGUAACCCGUCUCAACUGGAGCUGGAGGGGGUUAAAGCAGGACUAGACAAUGGGACGCUGCCCAAAAAGCAGCAGGACAUCAUGUCCUCUUCUUCCAGGGUGCAGAACGGCAGUUUGGACUACGAGGUACCGCUUAUGCAGGACCACUGUACUGCCAACAACAACAUCAACACUUUAAAACCAUCCUACUUUUGAUAUUUGAGGACUUUUUUUGGACUUGGAAAGGCUGAUUCAAAGUCGGGACCAAAGCCAGAGGUCUAGAGCCAGUUUCUGCAGUGUUAUGAUAUCAGCACAUUUUAUAUUUUUAAUGGAUUUAAUGGAUUUUGCCUUAAAUGCAUUCAAACCAAAAUCCCAUGCCUUAGUCCCAACUCUACAUGUAGCACAGCACCGUGUGCACCAGCCGGGAAGCCGCUGACAGGUACGGUCACACGAGAUUAAACCAGGACAGGUAUUUACAGUAGGUUUGAUGGUGAAGUUUGGUGAUGGAGACGCCGAAAUGCUGGAGAACGACUGACUGAACCGAACCGAUCCGCCCUGUAGCACCAAAACCACGGCUCGACACAGGAGCUGUACUGCUGUGAAUAAUCUCCACUAAAACCUGCGUCAGAAAACAAGGAUACAGACGUCUAUGGUUACUCUGAGGCUCAGACUGGAUGGAGCUUAAAGGAUGACAUGAGUAUUUAAAUCUGAAUUUUGUAUAUUUUAAUUUAAUCUACCUGACUUUUGGAAAAAAAACACUAAAAUAUAAAAUAGUGCAAUUCAUUAGUUAGAUUUUUUAACAAUGCUUUUUUGUGUUAUAAAUGUGCUAGGUGGUGAAAUUUGCAGUUUAAAAAAAUAACUUCAGAUCCACACAUUUAUUUACAUCUAUACAUUCAACCAUCUAACAGAUGUUUCACCCCGGGUUCAAUUUUUAAUUUUUGUUCAGGAUCUGAAUUUUUUAAUAUAAAAUAAAUGUGAAUAUUAUUUUUUGAUGGAUCUGACUUUUUAAAAAGUUUUUGGAUCUAUAUUUUUAUAAAUCUGAUUUUCUUUUAUUCCAAAAAAAAAUUCCAAUAAUAAUAUAUAUAAUUUCAAAUUUUUUUAGUUUAGAAUUUAUGGAUUUUUUUUUUAUCUGAGAAUUUGUGGACCUGAAUUUCUUCCAUGCAUAUCUGAAAUAGCUUGGAAAAUUUGUGAAUAUUUAUUUUUUAUAUAAAAAAAAAUGUAGAUCUGAUUGUUUAGUUAAGAAUUUAUGGAUCUAGUUUUUAAAUCUGAGAAUUUUAUGGAUCUAAAUUGUUCUAUAAAUCUGUAAAUUUAUAGAUCUGACUUUUUUAAAAGUGAACAUUUUGGGGAUCUGAUAAAUGUAUGGAUCUGAUUUUUUUAUAAAUCUGAAAUUUGGGAAUCAGAUUAAAAAAAAAACAGAAAAUGUAUGGAUCUGACUUUAUUUAAUCAAAAAAUUAUGGAUCUAAAUUUUACAAAUCCAGAAAUUAAUGGAUGUUAAAAAAAACUGAAUAUUUAUGGAUAUCUAUUUUUUAAUAUGAGAAUUUAUGGAUCUUAUUUUUUAUAUGUGAACAUUUUAUUUUGAAAUACUUUUUAUUCAACAGCAAAAUUUUGCCACCUCCCAAAUUCAAAACACAAAAUGUACACUAUUAAA